ACAGUUACAAUUUUUACAGUGAGCUAAAUUCGAAUCGAAUUUUAUGGCCAGUUGGCUCCACCUACGUCUCAACACUCCAAUCCCCUCUUCGAUCAAGUUCGGAGCUACUCCACCACCUAUACCAGUGUCCGGCAACGACUCCGUAGCCAUGGCCAACUCAAUCCGAGUCGCCGCCGCUCAGAUGACCUCCGUCAAUGAUCUCGCCACAAACUUCGCCACUUGCUCACGCCUUGUAAAGGAAGCUGCUUCAGCUGGGGCAAAGUUGCUCUGUUUUCCUGAAAAUUUCUCUUAUGUGGGUGCCAAACAAGGGGACAGUCUUAAAAUUGCUGAGCCAUUGGAUGGACCUAUUCUUAGAGGGUACUGUUCUCUUGCAAGGGAGUCAAGCAUUUGGUUAUCACUUGGAGGAUUCCAAGAAAAAGGGUGUGGCGAUGCACACUUGCGUAACACUCAUGUAUUGAUUGAUGAUGCUGGAAAUAUUAGAAGUACAUACAGCAAAAUGCAUUUGUUUGAUGUGGAUGUUCCUGGAGGUGCAGUUUACAAGGAGAGUAGCUUCACCGAACCAGGGAAGGAUAUUGCUGUGGUUGACAGUCCCUUUGGGCGAAUAGGUCUGACAGUAUGCUAUGAUCUGAGAUUUCCCGACCUCUAUCAACAUCUACGAUUUCACCAUGAUGCACAGGUUUUGCUUAUACCUGCUGCUUUCACAACUGCAACUGGUCAGGCACACUGGGAGGUUCUUCUUCGUGCUCGUGCAAUUGAGACCCAGUGUUAUGUCAUAGCUGCUGCUCAAGCUGGAAAGCAUAGUGAAAAAAGAGAAAGUUAUGGUGACACCUUGAUAAUUGAUCCAUGGGGAACAAUAGUUGGGCGAUUACCUGAUCGGUCUUCAACGGGUAUUACUGUUGCUGAUAUUGACUUUUCUCUGAUUGAUUCAAUUCGAGCAAAGAUGCCUUUAUCUGUGCACCGAAAGCCUGCUGAUUUCUGGAGAUCUGCUUCUCUUUGAGUAAGGCCCUCUUUCUAGUUUCGAUUUCUGCACCUUUAAGGUGAAUUUGCUGCGAAGUUUGGUGUAUUAUCAAAAUAUGUCUUUUACAACAAACCUCGGUAGUCAUCAUUAGCCAAAGGAAUUUGUGAUGAAUUUAAAUAUUUUUCUUAUUUAUAUUAUUGUAACCCCUCAUCUACUGUUUAGAGUAUUCUUCUGGUUGCAUUUGCUCUUCAUUUAGUCAUAAAAUCCUUACAUUUGAUCUGUACAUGUAAACAUUUAGUACAUUCAUAGUGAACAUUAGUUCAUCAAAAUAAAAAUCAUGGCCAGGAGCCAUGUAUUCCUUGAA